AGAGGGGGGGGGGGGGGAGAGAGUCGUUGGUGGUAACGGGGCUGAGGGGGCUGACACUAUGCAACCCACCCAUUACAACAAACCACGACGGUGACGGUCAAUGAUGCUAUUUAACACUCCUCUGUUUAUGAUAAAUCAUUUGACUCAGGGCUGUCAGGUGUUUGAUAGACUACAUGUGGAGAACGAGUGGAGCGCCUGGAACUUUGCGAUACGUUAGGUGAAGAUGGUUGUCGAGACAUUGGAAAAUUACUGGCUAUAUACUUUUUAUUAAUCCGUUAUGAGAACAGAAGAAUCGGACAUCUCGAUCGUCAAAUGUUACCAAUUCAAGUGAAGGAUAUACACUUUUUACAAACAGCAAAAUAAUUGUCGAAUAUCUAAUCAGACACAAUAUCUUCGCAUUUAAGAAACUUUGUGUCAAAGCCCAAAGCCUUUCUUUAAGGACGCAACUUAGGCUAACUGCAAGGCUUCAUCAUGAACGUACUAGUUCUGUUUCAGGAGGUCAACCGCCUAUCAACACAAGCUAUUCUACUGGCGUCUUUUACUGCACUGUUUACCAUUUACCUAUGGCGAUGCAUUCGGCAGUACUGGGACGUACACCACCCGCCAGGACCCUUCCCGUGGCCGGUUAUCGGUAAUGCUGCACAGAUAGGCAACAUGCCUCACCUCUAUUUCUCUCGCAUGUCACGGAUAUAUGGGAAUGUAUUUCAAAUCAAACUCGGCCUCCGGACCGUGGUGGUGCUGAACGGCGACGCAAUCAGACAGGCGCUUGUAAAGAAAGGACAUGAUUUUGCGGGAAGACCAGACUUUACUUCUUUUAAAUACGUUUCGAAUGGCAAUAGUCUUGCUUUUAACACAUUCACUGAGUGGUGGAAAAUUCAUCGAAAAAUUGCUCAGUCAACUGUAAGGACGUUUUCUACAGGGAAUAUAAACACCAAAAAAGCGUUUGAGAACCACCUAGUUUGUGAAGUCAGGGAGCUGCUUCAACUGUUCAUUAAAAAGACCAAAGAAGAAAAAUAUUUCCAACCUGCUGCAUAUCUAGUGGUAUCAACGGCUAACAUAAUGAGCGCGGUGUGCUUUGGAAAGAGAUACUCCUACGACGACGCUGAGUUUCAGCAAGUGGUGGGACGAAAUGACCAAUUCAGCCAAACAGUGGGGGCUGGAAGCAUUGUGGACGUGAUGCCCUUCCUUCAAUAUUUUCCCAACCCAAUCAAAACAAUAUUUGAUCAUUUUAAGGCUCUAAAUCGGGAAUUCGGCAUUUUCAUCGUGGAGAAAGUAGUCGAGCACCGAAAGACAAUUGAUUUAAGCACAAUUCGGGACAUGACAGAUGCUUUCAUUCUGGCAUUUAAAAAUAUCAGCGGUAACACGAACGAUUUAUAUCCUCAUUGGAAGGACUACGUGUCUCCCACUAUAGGUGAUAUUUUUGGAGCAAGUCAAGACACACUGUCAACCGCACUUCAGUGGAUCGUCCUUAUUCUCGUGAGGUUUCCGGAAUUGCAGUUGCGUCUCCAGAAGGAAGUGCACACUGUGGUGGCACGCAGUCGGCUGCCAGUCAUCGAGGACCAGGCUCAUUUGCCUUAUGUCAUGGCCUUCAUCUAUGAAGUGAUGCGCUUUACCAGUUUUGUGCCUCUCACCAUCCCUCACAGCACCACCACCGACACCUCCAUCAUGGACUACAACAUCCCUAAGGACACAGUGGUCUUCAUCAAUCAGUGGUCCAUCAACCAUGACCCAAACACAUGGGCCGAUCCAGAAACCUUUGACCCCCAGCGCUUCCUGGACAUGGAUGGGAACCUGAACAAGGACCUGACAAGCAGCGUGCUCAUCUUUUCAAUGGGCAAGAGACGGUGCAUCGGUGAGGAGCUGUCCAAGAUGCAGCUCUUCCUAUUCACAUCACUGCUGGUCCACCAGUGCCACUUCAGUGCAGACCCAGACAAGCCGGUCACCAUGGACAGCAUAUAUGGCCUGACCCUGAAGCCUCAAGUCUACUCUGUGGCAGUGAAGCUACGAGAUAACAUGAAUCUUCUGGAUGAGGUCUGCAGGUAGCCCGUAUGUAGAGGGCCAAGAUAACAGAAGACCGCAUCACAAUUAAUGAAGGUUGAAGGACAAUGAAGUAGUCUUAUUAACUGCAGUUUCAUCCUUGAGUGCCAUCAGGUAGUUUAUAGUUAAGCUAAGUGAGCUCAUUAAGGAUAAGGAAAAAUAUGCAAUGUCUAAAUGUGCUCAUAAAUGUAAUAAUGGACUCAAAUAUCUCAGGUUAAACACAUAUCUUACACAUCUGCAUUUUACCUGAUGUACAGGAUCUACUCUUCAGUGUUAAGCUGGAUGAUCUCAUUCACUGGAAACCCUGAUUCUAAAGUACUACAGUUUACGAUAGGUUGUUUAUCAAAUGAAAAGUUCUAGCAUUAGCAUUAGCAUGCAUUAGUUGCAUUAGCAUGUAUUUGAUUCUGUCCUUAUGCUUGUUUCCCCCUAAACUUGUUCACUAUGUGUAGUGCUGACAUCAUGCCAACACAAAAUGUCAAUCUUCAGUCUUGAAUGGAGACAUAUAUCAUUAUUAGGCUCACAUGGAGCUGACUAAAUCUUAACAUUAGAGAUAUGAUCAGAAGUGUUGCAGAAUACAAUGUUGUGUGGUAGUACAACAUUUGUACAAUCUUUGCAAUCUUAGUUUUUACGGUGAUUGAUAAAAAAUUGUUAUUAUUAUGUAUUCCCCAUAAAAUGGUUUGUAAAUAUAACAGAGGAAUGUCAGUGAAAUCAUUAGUUCCUUUUGUCGCAACUGACACCCAUGACCAGGUCUGGACUGGGACUGAAAAACGGCCUGUGACUUUGAAACACAGACCGGCCGUGAUAAUUAAUAAUUAUAUAUAUAUAUAUAUAAUUAUUAAAAUGUUUGCAUUAUGCCGCGGCCGUUUGACCGUUUGGGAAAUCUCCCAACUCUCCCGGCGGCCAGUCCGAGCCUGCCCAUGACUUCUAUACUGUAACUGUAGCAUAUCUCAUUACAUUACAAAACAACAGAAACAGAAUGGACCAAAUAAGCUUUUGAUGAAUACAUAGCAUAGGUAUAUUUAUCACAUACUCUAGGCCUAUCUGAGCAGCUAUACAAAUAAUAAUAAAACAUGCAAUUAUUCUAGAUUUGACAGUACAUUCAAUUCACAUUUAUAUGUGUAGUACAAUAUUACGUUAUUACAGCGCUUUGUUGUUAUACCUAUUAGUUCCCUGUUAGUUUAAAUAUAUGACCUAUGUUUUUGAAUGUUAACUAACUUCUACUUUCAAAUGACAACCCAAAGGCAAUGAUAGGAUAGAUCAAGGGUACAAUCCCCUAGUACGGUUUGUGAAUGCUACUGGUUUCUGUGAACUGUUAGCUCUUUACAUUUGAUUAAUCUAAAAACUAAUAUCAGAUCUAUGAGAUGUGUUAUCUUGUAUAUAGUCAUAUUUAGAGAUGGUUAUUUUUAUUACACAGUACUCAUCAUUUUUGCUUACUUUUGAUUGUAUGUUACACUUUGAAUUAUUUUAAAUGUGCAAGAUGCUGCUCUUCAGAACUGUUGGGUAAACAGUAACCCUAAAAUUGAAUCUCAACUUAAUGUGCCAGUUACAAAAUAUGCAUUCUAUUUCAUAGAACAUAGAAGCAUGCUUUCUACUGCAAUGAUGUGAGGUUGCUCUUCUCUCUUAUGUUUUUUUUAUAUACAGAACAGACUGACAUAGGUUUAUUUUGUUUUAAACUGUAUAGCAACACUUAAUAAAUAACUUUUAUUCUCUAA